AUGUCUGACAAUCAGUGGACCAUCAAGGUGAAGAUUGUCAGUAUAGACAAUGAGGCCAUCAACAGCAAGAAAGGAUCAAAGUGGAAGGCUGGCGACGACCUCACGCUGCAGAUAGAGGGCCACGCGACCAUCAAUAUGUUGAAGCAAAGAAUCGCUUUGAUCGUGAUGGCGCAUCCGAAAUUCCAGUCCGUGUCGUUCAAUGGCAGCGAGCCGCUGGACGAGGUCACGAAGCUGCAGGACGUGGAAGGUAUGGAUAACGGAAGGACGAUGGAGCUUGUAGUGGCAGUGCCUCCAGAGCCCGAGGCGCCGCCAGUCGUGCUGUCAGAUGAUGAGGAGGUGGUGAUGACUGCGGAGGAGGAGCCGCUCCCGGACCAGCCAGGGUCAGCGCCCUGGCAGCAGGAGCUCAGCGAUGCAGAGGCCGACAAGCAGGGCGAACUCAAAAGCCAGGCUGCUGAUGCCUUGGAGGACGGCGACCUGAAGGUGGCGGUUGCAAAGUUCACGGAGGCCAUGAUGCUUGGUGGAGUCUCAGCCAUGAUGGUCGCUAAACGAGCAGAAAUGCUCCUGAAACAAAAGCGAUACAAAGCAGUGGUUGCCGAUGCAUCCUUGGCUUUGGAGCUGAAUCCAGACAGUGCCAAGGCAUUCCGUGCCCGAGCAAAAGCCAGGCGCUUCUUGGGUGAGUACGAGGCGAGUGCAGCCGAUUUUGCGCAAGUGGCUUGCCUUCAAAGUAGACCCUCCAUGCUGCAGAGUCCUUGCUUGCGCGGGAGAGAUGCCCAAGAGAUCAUGGCACUUUGCACGCCGGUUUCACACUUUGUGCAUUGCACCCGAAAUCCGAAAUUGGCCGGCUAG